AUGGCGCUUGUCGGCCCGGAGGUCGUAGAGGACUGCCAGCUGGCUAUUAGAACGGCGCAAUUUGAAAGUGAAUAUGCCAAAAUCAGUGGACGCACGGCACAGCUGCUGGAUGCCGAGAGAACUCGUGUCAAACGCAUGGAGCAAUUACUGCUCCAGUUCGAAAAUGAUACUUUACGCUCAGAAUUGGAACAAGUCAAUGGACAACUAGCCGCAGCUAUGCAGGCUGAGUCUGAUAACCGCCUUCAGCUUCAUGAGGCUUGGAAAGAAGUUGAUCGCUUGUGGAGUGUCAUAAAAGCUUCAUCUCAUGAGAUCGAAGGCCUUCAUGAGAAACUUUCUUCUUUAAGCGGCACCACCUCUGAAUCCAGAGACUUGCUCGCAGAGAAGAUUCGGCUUUCAAAAGAUCUAUCGAAAUUACAAUCAGAAUUUGAACGACUAAAAUCACAAAAUACAUCUUCACAGGAUCUUCUCGCAGAAAAAAAAGAUCUGGAGCGACAAUUAAGCAUGUUGGAGGUACAAAUGGAGGAUGACAAACGUACACACGAGCGUAGCCAAGCUCGAGAUAGGCAACAAAAGCAGGAAAUCGCAAACCUUACGUCACAGCUGGAAAAUGCCCGUAAGGAACUGGCAGAGGGUCGGCAGGAGCAUGAUUCUCAAAGACAGAGUCUGGGGUGGACGACACAGCAGAAUGCAUAUGAAAGCAAGAUUGAGAAUUUGACCAGGAAGCUAAAAUCUACAAACGCUCAACUCGAAGAAGCCCAGAAGCCUCAAAAAAACCGCCAGGCCAAUGUUAAAACAGACGAUAUAAGUCAAGCUAGCCAUCGAGGCCGUGCUAUUCCUCCUCAGCGACCGAUGACACAAUUUAACCCAGAUAUUACUAUCGCAACCCCAGGGGCCAUCCAGAAGCAUGAAAAAGCCAGACAGCCAUCAGCAUUACCUGGCGAAAAAUCAGCUUUUUCGAUAACUCCCUAUCUGAGUCGUACAAACGCCCCACUAGACACUCCUGUGAGUUCGGAGGAUGAUAUGGAUGAGCUUGGCGCCGUUAGUUUGAAGGAAACGAUUAAGUCUCCAUCAAAUGAGGCUGGAUCUGGUGGCAGCAAAGACGUUGAGAUUUGGCCUGAAGGUCAGCCAAUUCCUGGCAAAGGCCUAUCUCGCAAGACGACAAAGCAAAAACCAACUAAGCUACAAGCAAAAGAAACCUCGGCUAAAGGGCCAGGCCGCAACGACAGUGACGACCAACUCGAGGAUUUGAGUGGUUUGCACGCUCAAAAAGGUACCGGUCACGGGCCGGCUAAACCAAAAAAGCGAAAGCUUGGUGGUCAACGCGAUAGAAACUUGUUUGAUGAGGAGGAAGACGAGCUUCACGAAUACCGAAAACCGGGACGCAAGCUUGCCCUCGGUGCAGGUCGAAAUCCAGCCCUAGGUGGUUUUCAACCUGCCGGCGGUCUACAAGCAUUUUCACCAUAUUCUUCAUCCAAACGAUGGCAGGCGCGUCAACAAAAGGAUCGCUAUACGCGGGAAGCGACAGUGCAAGGAUUGAAGAGUCGGGCAGCUUUUAAAUUAUUACAGAUCGAUGAGAAGUACCGUAUUUUCAGAAGCGGCCAGACCGUAGUUGAUUUGGGUUAUGCUCCUGGUUCUUGGUCGCAGGUAGCAGUCGAUCGCACCAAACCGAACGGCCGAGUCCUCGGUGUCGACAUAAUACCAGCACAACCGCCCAAAGGUGUAUCUACGAUACAAGGCAACUUUCUGUCAGCAGAAGUACAGAAAUAUGUCCAAGACUUUUUGCGCGAUCCAAGGAGAGGCAGACCUUAUGAAGACGGGUACAUAAUGCCUGACAGAGGCUCCGAAGACUUGUCACAACAUGCUUUGGAUAUCAAAACAGGGAAUUCAGGAGCGAAUCAAGAGAGUGAUUCAGAGCUCAGGACAGUAGAUGUGGUUCUAAGCGAUAUGUCUGCACCCUGGCCCCAAAUAAGUGGGUUUUGGAAAAGGAGUCUAAGUGAGCCCUACCACAGGAUGAUGAAUACCAGCGGCGUAAACUUCAAAGAUCAUGCUGGGAGCAUGGACCUAUGUAAUGCUGCAUUACAGUUCGGUUACAACGUCCUCAAGACUGGUGGGAAUUUUGUCUGCAAAUUCUACCAAGGAGCCGAAGAUAAGGAACUCGAAAAGCAGCUCAGAGAACUGUUCCGAAGAGUCCAUAGACUAAAGCCAGAAUCAUCGCGUAACGAAUCAAAGGAAGCAUACUUCAUCGGUCUCGAACGGAGAAGCUAA